UGACCCCUUAUCUAAUUUAAACUGAGAAGAAAACAUAAUGGUUCACACAAAGCUCCGGCCAUGAUGUCAUCUCAUCGUCUCCAGUGAAGCUUCAGCGAUAAUGUGGUCAAAAGUGAUGCUGGGCGUCACCCUGUCCCUCCUCAUCCUUCUGACUGUCAGUGGUAACGUGCUGGUGUGCCUGGCCGUCUGCGCCUCUCGACGCCUCCGCUGCCUCACUAACUGCUUCAUCGUGUCGCUGGCUGUGACGGACCUGCUGCUCGGCCUCUUGGUCCUCCCCUUCUCCGCCCUCCUUCAGCUCAACGACGAGUGGCCGCUCGGCCCUGUCUUCUGCAACUUCUACAUCUCCAUGGACGUCAUGCUGUGCACCGCCUCCAUCCUCACGCUCCUGGCCAUCAGCGUGGACCGUUACCUGGCGGUGACCAUGCCUCUCAGGCAUGCCUCGCUGGUGUUGCCAUGGAGAGUUGCGGUGGCCAUGGCCAGUGUCUGGACAGUGUCCGUGGCCGUGUCUUUCUUGCCCAUUCACAUGGGGUGGAACACAGUGAAUGGGACAGUGCAGAACCGUGGGCCCUGGGCUCCGGAGAACAAAUGUCGCUUUGAGCUGAACAGACCCUACGCACUGACUGACUCUCUUCUUACUUUCUACCUGCCUCUGGUGGCUAUGUGCUGGACCUACCUCCAAAUACUCCGCAUUGCACGGGCACAGGCCAAGCGCAUCAUCAGUGCCCGACCCACUUGGAUCACUCACUACAACUGCAGGAGCAAUUCCUCCACCAGCACCGCAGUGGUGUCCAGUGUUACAGCGGUGGCUCUGCGGGAACACAAAGCCACAGUGACGCUGGCUGCAGUAAUAGGGGCUUUCGUUGUGUGCUGGCUGCCUUAUUUCAUCCUGUUCACAGUGCUGGGCCUAAAGGAGCACCCAGACCCGAGCUCAGUCCCAGAAUAUUCCAUUGUGUUGUGGCUGGGUUACACCAACUCAGCCCUUAACCCUAUUCUCUAUGGAGCCCUCAACAGGGACUUCCGGUCAGCAUAUGCCCACCUACUGAGAUGUCGAUGCCCUAUUUACAGUGGAUGGAGGAGCCGACAGCCGUCUCCCACUAUCACAGCAGGCAGGGAGCAGCUCACAGAGGUGACGUUGCUGUGCGGUCACACUCCCGCCACGUGCAGAGCAGGUCUAACAGAUCAGACCUUCAUGCUUCAAGAAAUGAACAGCAGGGCAAACACAGCAACUAUCCAGUUKACUAAUGGCACUACUGCCACAGAUGUCAAUGGCAAAGAAAGUGUGCUCAGGUCGUGCUGAGCCUGUGUUGGUGAGCUGGAUGCUGUGAGGAGAAAAGAAAAAAAAAAACACCAGACAGACAAAGAUGGACCAAGAGUAGAUUUACAGCCCCUCCAUUUGGAAGCUUUCAGUGCCACAGCAGAAGCACAUAACACACCAGCAUUCACUGUGUCCACACUGUAGCAAACAAAAACAGGAGAGAAUCCACACCUCAUUGGAAAGAAUCAGCAGCUCAGAUACAGCCGGACUCGAUCCGUCCAGGACUGGGCAAACCAAGAUGCUUCGACGUGGAAGAGACACAUAUUCCACUGCAUCCGACCAUCGCACAGGACGACGUGAGGCCCUGACACACCCCUGAACUAACUGUGGUUAGUGUAACAGUUCUGGAUGACUGAAUGAGACCAGCCAGUUAACUCGCCGCUCAUCAAUCUCAUGAACUACAAUUUUUUUACUGACUCAAGACUGCUCCCCAGUGGAAACACAAAGUAUCACAAUGUUGACAAAGCAAACAGACUUCUAAUUAAACAAAUGUGUGUUUCACAAAAUCAGAUAACCGAACGGACGUGAUGAAUGGACUUUUUGAAUGUGUUAAAAUGUUUGACAUUUGAAUGUUGGGCAUAUGUCAAGCUAAUGUCAUGAGUCGGUUUUGAAGAACGUAGCUGCCUCCAGAGUUUGACUUUACUGUUGCUCAUUCAAUGACAUUAAGCUGCAACUAUACUGUAUGUAUUGUAUCAUACUGUAAAAUAUCGGAGACUUGAAUUGUUCCUCUAAAAAUGACCAUAUUGUAAAAAUG